GCUGCCAAGUUUGAAGAUGGACAAGAGAAGGUUAGCUAAGAAAAAAGAAUCUGGUCUCAAUGAAGGAAUUGCUGGACGUUAUGUCAAGAGGGAUACUCCUCCACUUCUCAGAAAUUAUCACACACCUGUGAGGCAAGGGACAUCAUUUCAAAGAAUGGGGCGCACAGCAAGAACACCUGCAUCCUACAUUCCUCAGGCCCAGACACAAAGUGUCCCCGGUCAACCUCAAGUGGCGCCACGGCCUAACGUCCAGGGCAUUCAGAUGAAUGAAACCAACACCUCUUUAUUUGGGGACUUAGACAAAUAUUACGUAGGCAACCAGCCCCAGCCUGUGCAACAAGCGGCGAAGUAUUCUCCCCUUGUGCACCAGACUACAGCCUUGACCCCAGCCACACAGUUCUACGACCAGUCUGCGCUGCAGCAACACCCUGCCAGCCACCUCCACCAACAGCCUCAGCAACACCACUUCACCCCGGCGGCGCCAGUCUCUUCCUCCAUCACCCACCUCACCCAGGGCUUUCAAAACUUUAGGGUCACCUCAUCCCCAGUGUCAAGGACGGAUGUUACCUCCACCGUGCAGCGGCCGUAUGGUGUGGUGUACUCACAGCCUGUCAGUGGCAUAGCUUCGGGUGUGUCACGUCACAUGUUGAAUGUAUCUCAGCCAGGGUAUGCCAGCCACAGUUCCGACCCCCAGUCACAGAUGCCCCCCUCAAGUUCUGCUGGUCAGGAGGAGCGCGGAGGAAUGACUGCACUCAGUGUCAUCAGGGAAGGUAACGACGUUGAUUCUCAGCCUUACUACAAAUACACUGGCGGCAGCAGUACCACCAGCAACAACAGCGCAGACUACUACAACCUACAGCAGCUAGAUGAGAACUACCAGAUUGCUCUGUACCACCAAGAGAUACGCAGCCACUACGCCCAGCAGAACCCAGGGGGAAAUCUUCUUGGGAAGGGAAUGUUUGGCAUGGCUGCUAGUGACUUGGUUGACUUGAAAACCCCCUCUGCAUCUUCAGUCAAUUCAUCUGGAGUGGGGAGCUGUGUAUCACAAGAAGACCUGCCCCUGCCACCUGGCUGGUCAGUGGACUGGACAGUGCGUGGUCGCAAGUACUACAUUGACCACAACACCCAGGCCACCCACUGGAGCCACCCACUAGAGAAAGAAGCGCUGCCGACAGAUUGGGAGAGGAUUGAAUCUAAGGAAAGGGGAGUCUACUAUUACAACCAUAUAACACGUACAGCUCAAUAUCAACAUCCAUGUAGUCCCGUCCAGGGGAUGGUCCUAAGUUAUGGUAUGAAUGUCAUACCUGAUCGGAUACCACCCCAUUUAGAGUUCAGACAGAACAAACAGUUGGUUCCUGCUAAUCCUUAUCUCAAUACAGAAAUUCCUGAAUGGCUGAUAGUUUUCUCCAAAGCACCCCAUGAGCAUGACCACAAACUAAAGUGGGAGUUGUUCACCUUGAAGCAGCUGGAAAACUUUGCUGCCCUCCUGAUCAGACUAUACAAGCAGGAUCUAGAGCACAUAGUCAUGAGCUAUGAACGUUACCGCAAUGCUUUGAAUCGAGAAAGCGACAGGCGGAAAAAAGAAAGGCAGGGGCAGCAACCCCUGGCCAUCACUAACCUCCCUUAUCAGCCAUCUUUAGUCCAGCAUCAGAUCCUGCAGCUCCAGUCACAGCAGCAGUUCAUGCAGCCUCAGUACCAACAGACACCGUACCAGCAGACACAGUACCAGUCUCAGCUACAGUAUCAGCAACAGGCACAACCAGCUCAACAGCAAUUUCAACAGCAGCAGGCUGGGCAACAGCAAUACCAACAGCAACCCGGACAGCAGCAGUAUCAACAACAGCAACCUGGACAACAGCCGUACCAACAACAGCAAUAUCAGCAACAGCCUUCAGGACAACAGCAGUUCCAACAACAGUCUGGACAACAGAAUCAGGCCCAACAACUCUUGCUUUUAACACAGAACAUUGAAACCAAAGUAUGAUUAUCUCCCUUGUAAUGUUUUGUUUUGUUGGUACUAACAUUUGUGAAAGCUUUGACAGCUUAUAUUACAAAAUAUUUAUACAGAAAAUGAUAUUCAAUUUAGCCAAUUAUUGUAUUUAAUACUCAAAAGAAAUAAUUAUCUUGAUUAAAGGCAUAAUUUUGUGAAUUUUAAGAGUACUCUAGCAGAACGUACACAUAUGAUCAUGUAGCAAAACUGGCCAGACUAAAUGGAACAUAUAAAUUGUCUAGUAAGAAA